UAAAGAUGCACACUUGUUUGAAGUCCGAUUCUCCGAGUUUGCUGAUCUAGUGACCAGCAUGGGCAGCCUGGAGGGUGUCUAUAUGUCCGUCUGUGAUGACCUUCAUCUGUCUGCAAAUGUCUUUAUUUCCCAAGUGCUGAAAGAGACGCAGAACUGCGGCAGCUCUAUUUCACUCAGACUGGCAGGAAACGAGCGCCUGAAGGAGGUGAUCAGACUGACCGAUAAUGACCUCCUUGUUUUGUCGAAAACGCUUCGCAAUGAUCUAACAGUGAAAGCUUUAGAUCUGAGGUAUAACUGGAUCUCAGAUGAGGGAGCUGGACAUCUGGCUGAUCUCAUUCAGGAGAACGUGGCCCUGCAGUCGCUUGAUCUUAUGUGCAACAGUAUAGAAGUCGAGGGAGCCGAGCGGAUUGCAAAAAGUUUGCACCAAAAUGCAACCUUGAAGAGACUGAGAAUGACUGGCAAUAAGAUUGGGAACAAAGGUGCCAUGCACUUUGCCAGCAUGAUGCAGACCAACACCACGUUAGAAGAGCUGGACGUGUCUGACUGUGAUCUGGCGACACAGAGUCUGAUUGCGUUUGCUAUCGUCCUUAACAACAACAGAAGCAUUCGCUCCAUCAACGUCAGCCGACCGCUUCUCUUCAGUCUGCAGGAGGAGACUGCAGUCCAUAUGGCUCGGAUGUUGGCAGUUAAUCAGACCUUGAGGGAGCUUCACAUGGGAAAGCAUGGCAUGACUGAUUCUGGUGUUGAGAGACUGUGUGAAAGCUUGAUGAUAAACCGCACUCUGCGGUACCUGGAUCUCCGCUGCAACAGAAUUACAAGGGAUGGAGCAAAGCGCUUGUCAGAAGUCCUGAAACAGAACGGUACCUUGGAAAUUCUCGACCUGUCCUCCAAUCGAAUUGAAGAUGGCGGUGCGGUGUGUCUGAGUGAAGCCGUUGCGCUCCCACACUGCAAACUCCGAGCGCUGUCCAUCCUAAGUAAUAACAUUGGCACGACUGGACUGAUGUCCCUCACAAAAGCAAUGAAUACAAAUCCAAAUCUGACGCACAUUUACAUUUGGGGUAACAGACUCGAGGAGCCAGUUUGCGUGGCGUUCUCCCAGCUUAUUGCUAGCGGGCGUCUGUUGAAGGACCACACUGAUGUGUCUCCCUAUGAAGUGGACGGCCGAUUUUACUUGGCCGAGAUAUCCCACGGUCUACGGAGGCAUUACUACUGGACGCCAAGCUACGGCGAGGACGGAGACCCUGCCAGCAAUGCAGCCCUGGCACUGAACACGUCACACUGCCUGGAUCUGCAGCCUUGUUGAGCUCAUCAGACUGGCACUGGUAUCAACCUGAUAUCCUAAGUCUUUUGCAGCUCUAAUAGCUGAUCUUUGUAUCAAGGUGUGAUUAAAUCAUGUGGAUUAAAUUUUGCAAGUUUUGUGUUGUA